AUGCCUCGACAAGCGACCAUUUCCCGCAACACAAACGAGACCAAGAUUGAGGUUUUUCUUGACCUCGACUGCGCCCCUGGCCCCGGCGUCAAACAGGUCAUCGAGGUCUCCACAGGAAUCGGGUUUCUGGACCAUAUGUACACUGCUCUGGCAAAACAUGGCGGCAUGUCGCUCACCAUGAAAUGCCAAGGCGAUCUUUGGAUUGACGACCACCACACUGCUGAUAUCGCGAUUGCACUGGGCACAGCAUUCAAAGAGGCUCUGGGUGAAGUCCGUGGCAUAAGACGAUACGGAACGGGGUUUGCUCCCCUAGACGAGGCGCUUUCCAGAGCGGUCAUCGACAUCUGCUCCAGGCCUUACUGCGUCACCGACCUCGGCCUCAAACGGGAGAAAAUCGGAGACCUCUCAACUGAAAUGAUCCCACACAUUUUCUACUCCUUCGCCAUUGCAGCUGGCGUUACGCUCCAUGUCGACGUCCUGCGCGGCGAAAACGACCACCAUCGCUCAGAAUCAGCGUUUAAGGCACUUGCAUUGGCCAUUAGACAAGCCAUCGAACAAACUGGGAGUAGCGAUGUACCAAGCACCAAAGGUGUUCUGUAG